CGUGAGACGACCAAGAUCCGCUUCAGUACGGCAGUCUAUGCCGUCUAGAAGCGAUAGUAAGUCCGCCACCGAAGGGACAGCCAUCAUAUUAGCCAGAGCGCGGAUAGUCAAGAGCCAACCAACACCUUUAUACGUAUGAUAUGUAACAAGCGAAUCGUUUAUACUCUCGUCCAGCUGGAUGCGCUUGUUACUACCGGAUCCCGAAGCGGACGCCGCCGAGCUCUCGGAGAUGACGCGCUUCGAAGUAGCCGGCUGGAACGUAGGAGACGAUGAAGCUGCAGCGGAGUGUAGCGCCAUCUCAUCGUGCGUUAUUGGAGUUCGCAUAUCCCCCUUUGGCAUGUCGUCAUCGCCACCAACACCGCCACUUCCCUUCUCGAUUUUCUCGACGCGUUUCACCACGUCACGCAUCAAGUUUUCCAGCGCCUCCAGCCCGGGGUUGGUUUGCUCGAGGUUCGAAUUAUUGGGUCUCCAGGGCCUGAUUGAAUUUGAUAUGAAGAAGGUCGCCCUGGAUCGCGUCAACACGAGCCUUCACCCCUGUGUUAGCUUCCCUGAGACUAAGGAGCUCGCCCUUAGCGGCUCUAAUGCGGUUGCCUCGGGCCGUAUCGUUUACCUCGAGGCCGGUAAUCUCGCCCUCGACGGCUUCAAACCGAGUCUUUGUCUCGUUAGGCUCGCCUGUCAACGUCAUCUAGGAGCAAAAAUCUACAAUUUCACGCACUUUGCUAUCAGUAUCAAGCCAACAAUGCUCAAAUUCAGGGACUCGGCCGACGGUAAUGACAUUCUGGCGUUCAACUUGCUGCCGACCAUUUUCAAGGAGGGUGAGCCGGUUGGUGGUCGUAUCCUCUUGAGCCAAAGCUUUCCUACCUAGCCUACGACUUCCAGUCCCGGCCCUGGUCGCCGGCCUGGACGAUGCACAGCGAGUCGAUCCAGACGUAGCGGAUGCUAAGCUUGGCGGCGAUCCGGAAGGCGUCACGGAAGACACGGGGCAGCCGGCCGAGCCUUAGGCCCUCUGGCCGCAUGCGCUCGUCGACAUUGGCCGUGGUCAUCCUGGAGCUCUCUGUAUCGCCGUUCCAUCAUCGGUGGCUCAAGAUCACGUAGGUGCCUCGUAACUGGCCUG